AUGAGUUUUGAAAGCCCAGAUGGAGAUAGCUAUACAGGUGAUGAUGAAAGAAAAAGGGACUCAAGUCGCAAACGAGAUGGCAAAAAGGAGAAAAAGGAAAAAGGUUAUCAAGUAUUUGAGGAGGAAGAUUCAGAAGAGGAGCAGCUGGUUCUGGCUGAGGAAAUAAAAAGCCCAAGUAAAGCAAAGAAGGAAAGACUGAAACCAACUUUCAAAUUUCCAGUGCCAGUUAGAAAAGAGAAAGGAAAAGAAAAG